ACCCCGCACACAACAGACACCAAACGAAAGCAUCUCUCUCUAGUCUUUACUCUUUACUCGAAUAGUCUCCAGCUGCUCUCUCUCCCCUUCACGCAGAGGUUGCUGACUCCAACAAUGGCUUCCGCCAAGCUUGAUAAUCGGGGUUCCUUUGGAUCAAAGAGGUCUCGCCAUGAGGAUUCACGAGAUGGUGGAGAUUGGACUUGUACACAGUGUGGGAAUAUUAACUUUGCAUUCAGGAUUGUUUGUAACCGUGGAAAGUGUGGUGCUCCUCGACCAUCAGCUUCUCCGCAGAGAAGGGACUCGCUCCCAAUGCACGAGCACUUCAAUUAUCCUGCUCCCUAUUAUGUUGGAGGUGUUGGAGCUCCUCCAGUUUCACACAUGCCACCUGUCAUGCCAAACUCUUAUGGGCCACCAUUUUCAUUCUCUGGAAUGCGUUAUGACAUUAGAGCACAUGGCAAUGCUCCUGGACCCUAUGGUCAUCUAUCUGCAUACCCACCUAGACCCAUUGGAGGCAUGGGAUAUGGUCCAGCACGUGCUAUGGAUGAAUAUGGUUACGGGUUUCAAGGAUCUCCUAUGCCAGGGCAAUGGUCUGGUGGAAGUAUGGCUGAUAACAGUGCCUUGCGGAAACGUCGUGGAGUUGCAUUCGUCGACCCUCUUGCUAAGAGUGUCUUGUUCAUUGGGAUACUUGACUCAGCUGGUUUUGUUAACACGCAGGCCCAGAUGGGCUUUCUGAAGGGGAUUGGAUCUGCCCUGAAUGUGAAAAUGUUAAUUUUGCCUUCAGAACUACAUGCAACAUGAAAAAGUGUGGGGCUCCGAGACCCUCUUCUGGUCCAGCAUCAGGUGUACCAGAAGGCAGCUGGACGUGUAGCAAAUGUGCGAAUAUCAAUUACCCUUUUCGAACAGUUUGCAAUCGUAAGGGUUGUGGGAAUGGAAAACCAGAUUCCGAAACUAGUUGAAAUCCAACAUUUAAUACCCUAAACAUGAUGUUAUAUUAAUCGAGCAGAGGGCAGUAAAAUUUAAUGAGAGGAUCAGGAGCAAGUGUUGAUGGAUCAUUUAGAGAGUAGUUGAUAUAAUAUCUUCCUCUGCUGUUUUUUGUUUCUAUACCAAACAUCAGAGAAUCCUUUGCAGCAGAACACUGUAAACUGCUCAGCUGCCAUUUGUCGCUCUGAACUUUGAACUGCAGCCUGAAGGUAUUUGUUGAGCUUUAGCUCCGUCCAAUUACAUCCAGGAAAGAAUGCGAACCUGAAUUCUUUGUUCCUUCUUUAUGAUAUAUCGAGUUACCUAGUACGUUCUCUGUCAAAGCUGUACGAAAUCUUCAUCUUUUUGAUGAUUAUUUGUGUUUUCUCUUUGUGUAAAUUACCUCGGAACAUUUAAGUAAAGCUGCAUUAAGAAGAAGAGAGCCUGAGAUCCUAUCAUUUAAACUGUAACUCAACAAUUUUCUUGAAGAGAGGCAGUUUGUAAUUUUUGUGGCUUCA